ACCAGACACCACUUCCUGUCUCCGCCGCUCCGCUCCGGUGACGUCACGGGGGCGACACGCCCUGUUCCCCCAGCAGAGGGACCAAGAUGGCGCCCACACACGUCCUGAGAUGCUGUCAACGGGGUUUAGCGUGGAUCCCUGUCAUUUUUAUCGCCCUGGUCGUCUGCUGGUCCUAUUACGCGUACGUGGUGGAGCUAUGUAUAAUCACCAUCCUCAACAUAGGAGAGAAGAUCGUCUACCUGAUCUUCUUCCACCUCUUUUUCAUCAUGUUUGUGUGGUCUUACUGGAAGACCAUCUUCACCAACCCUGCCAACCCUUCCAAAGAGUUUUGCCUGCCUAAGGCUGAGAAGGAGCGUUAUGAGAAGGAAGAAAGGCCAGAGUCUCAGCAAGAGAUCCUGUGGAGAGCCGCCACCAACCUGCCUCUGUACACCCGCACAGGAGCCGGGGCGAUUCGUUACUGCGACCGCUGUCAAGUUAUCAAGCCCGACCGGUGUCAUCACUGCUCCGCCUGCGACAUGUGUGUGCUGAAGAUGGACCACCACUGUCCCUGGGUGAACAACUGCGUGGGAUUCUCCAACUACAAGUUCUUCAUCCUGUUCCUGGCCUACUCGCUGGUGUACUGUUUGUUCAUCGCUGCCACGGUUCUGCAGUAUUUCAUAAAGUUCUGGACACUUUGCCGGAGGAAAUCGGCGGAGAACUGCCCAAAGAAUGAGCUGCCAGACACUCACGCCAAAUUCCAUGUCUUGUUUCUUUUUUUUGUGGCGGCCAUGUUCUGCAUCAGUAUUCUGUCCCUGUUCAGCUACCACCUCUGGCUCGUAGGGAAGAACAGGUCGACUAUAGAGGCUUUCAGGGCGCCGGUCUUCAGGACAGGCUCCGAUAAGAACGGCUUCUCCCUGGGUUUCCGCAAGAACAUCGCUCAGGUCUUUGGUGACCAGAAGAAGUACUGGCUGCUGCCCGUCUUCACCAGUCAGGGUGAUGGUCUGACGUUCCCCACUCGGCUGGUCAGCGCUGACGUGGAACAGGCCACCGUGACCCUGCAGCCAGAGCCCAAUAAAAGCACUGCCGACGCCGCCGUCAGUCCACUGAGCGAGUCCCAGAAUCGGCUCCUGAGCAACGAGCAGCAUGCCAACAACGUCGGAGACCAUCUGCCUAAUGACGCUCUCAAAUCAGCUGAAAGCGAAACCAUCACAAUCUCCGUGGAGAGUGAGUCUUAACCAGGAGAAACACCUCAGUCAUCUAAUACGAUGCCUUAACCAACAAGCGCAGCAGUUUAGCUCAUCACCAUGGCAACACCAUCACCACCAAGUGGAACCGCAUCCCCCACGGUCCCAUUCAGAGUAAACUACAGAAAUGCUGUACAAUUACCCCUCACAUCACAUUAAUGCAUUUAUAGUGUUUUGGCAUGCGGUGUCAUCAACACAUUUCACAGCUCUAACCCCCCCCCCCCCCCCCCGCCACCCACCACAACAACACUCUGAACAACACAUAAAUGAAGUUUUUUUUUUUUUUGAUGAAGAAUUUCUUGUUUUGUGCCAAAAGCUUUCAGAUUGCACCAAGACUCACUUUCCAGGCACAAAUCUGCAGUGAAGAGUUUCAAACAUUUCAUCUUUUUUUUUUUUUUGGGAAAGGCACAGGUACAUGCAGUGACGAUGGAUCUUUUAUUUGUGCAUCCUUUUCUUUUUUUUUUUUUUUUUUUUUUUCAACUAAUAAUGCUGGAGCGUAUUUAUGGCUUUUGAGUGAGAUGGAUGUUUCCCCACCGAAACCCGGACUAUUCCACGGAGGACUCUGCUGGUUCGGUGGACUGUGCUGCCGGGUUUUGGGUGGAUAUCAGAGCACAAGAUGGAGCAUUUGCACUUUGUAGAUUAUCAGUGUCCAUCAAAAAAAAAAAAAAAAAAACAAGAAGAAAGUGCUGCUGCUUUUUUUUUCUCCAUUUUUUUUUUUUUUUUUUUUAAAUCAUCUCCAAAAAGCAUCCCAGGUAUGACGACGGAUGCUUGCUUGAUGAUCAUGUGAUUUAUUGUGCGUGUACGCGUGACGGAAAAGAGAUUGCGUGCGAACAGUUGGAAGUGGCAGUCGUGUAUUUUUCUUUUUAGAACAAUUAACAGACUAAAAAGAAGCUGCUUCUUCGUGUGUUUUUGUGGCUGACUUGCGUUUCUAACGUGCUGCUUAGAAGCGGGGAGGUUAAACCCAGGAGGUCGAUAUCUGAUUAGUGAUUCUCAGCUCGCAGAGUUCACGGCCGUUAUUUUUUCUUCUUAUUAUGUCUGCGACUUUGCGUUUCAACCUUUACGAAGACACCAACAGUCAUUGCCAAAUAAGGGCUGGCCUAUCAGGAGCUCUGACCUCUGAACCUGAACUGUUUACAGCAUUCUAGCUUUAUCUAAACCUCUGGCUGACGUCAUCUUAACCAAACUGUAUUUAUCAGAUAUUGUGAGUCACGAUAUUUUAUACAACCACUGUGCGUCCCUCCCACCAAUGUUGUCGGUCGGAGGGGGUGGGGGGGAGGUCAUGAUGUCCUUGCAAUUGCAGUGCUGAGCAGCAGGGGGCGACAAGUUAUUUGCCCUCUCUCUGCAUCCUCAGGGCUCAGUUCACUUUCAGUCUAAUUUGCAGGUGCAGCUUUCCUCAGAAUAAGAUUUUCUUACUGUCCAGUCGGUAUGCAUCGCUUUCGUUAGUAACUCAACCAGAUUUAAUUUGAAAGUGAAUUGAACCCGUCUUAUUAAUUGUAAAAAUAAAUUUUUUUCGGACACGGUUGAUGGGUGCAAUCGGCUUUUUGUGAGGAAAAAGCUGCAAAGAGAUAAAAGAAACCGGUUUAACUGGGUUAUAUUUGUCACACGAAUGAGACUCAUCCUUUUCCCAGAUGCAUCAAAUUCCUGAUGUCAUCUCUUCUCCUCCUCUGCUGGACAAGCCUGUAGAAGCCGAUAACGUAAUAAAUUUGCAAUUUUUAAAAUGUAUUUGGCCAAUAAUGUAAUAACUUUUGGCCAAUUACGUCAUUGGCCUGUUAAAAAAAUCUUUACAAAUGUAAUAACUGAGCCAAUAACGUAAUAAUAUACCAAUAUCAUUUCAUUUAAGUUUUUAAUAUUGGAUAUAACUAUAUAAUAAAAACACUUUGUAUAUUCUAUUCAGUUCUUUUUGCCAUUUAAGUUCCAAAACUUAUGUUUACAAACACAGACAAUUACUCAUAUAGUGCAUGGAGACCAAUGAUAUGAAAACUAUGCCUCUUUGAGGAUGAUAUAUUCUCAAAUGAAAUGACCACACAUGGAAAAUGUAAUCUUUAUUAAACCUUCUUAAUGUUAGCAAUGCCUACCUCAGGAACAUGAGAGCACACGCAAAUGACAAGAUGUUCUCCACCGAACCAGCUAAGGUUGUACUCUCAGUGGCAGCAAAAUAACAACCGGUCAGACCCACCAAGAGCUGAAGUGGAAGAAUACUGGAAGGGCAUAUGGGAAAGAGAUGCCCACUGGCUAGUGGUGCCCAAAUCAACAUCACGUGCGGCAUAUACCAAGGAUAUGCGCUAUCACUACUGCUCCUUCCAAAAGACGUUAAAUAAAGGCAACUGGAAUUUCUUGAAGACGCUUCACCACUCAUCCGAGUAGCUUCUUCAGUUCCGAAGAACUGAACUGAAGACGCUACUCGGAUGAGUUAAUUCAACACCUUCUGGAUUACCAUGACCUGGGUGACUGAGAACUUUCACAGACAUAUCACUACUGCUGUUUUGCGUAGGCCCUCAACAACCUCAGUCAGAUCAUCACAAAGAGCGGAUGGGUACCGAUUCCGAAGUGGAGCAACAAUCAGCCACCUGUUCUACAUGGAUGACAUCAAGCUGUACGUCAAGAACGAGCAGGAAAUCAACUCCCUGAUCCACAACACCAGGAUCUACAGCAACGAAAUUGGGAUGUCAUUCGGAGUGUGUGGCCAGAUGGUCUCCAAGACAGGCAAGAUGAUUAGAACUGAAGGGUUCGACCUACCAGAGGGCAACAUAGGCGACAUCUAAGUUAACUACAAGUACCUUGGUAUCCCACAGGCUAAUGGAAACCAUGAGGAGGCCACAAGGAAGUCAACCACAACCGAACACCUCCAGAGAGUAAGGCAAGCCCUGAAAGUUCAGCUGAAUGGUAAAAACGAGAUCCGAGGCAUCAACACGUACGCGCUACCAGUCAUCAUAUAUACCCUGCUGGGAUAAUAAACUGGCCAAAGGAGGAGGUAGAAGCCACAGAUAUCAGGACGAGAAAGCUCCUCACCAUGCACGGAGGGUUUCACCCCAAGUCCAACACCCUGAGUGUUGGACUUGAAAAGACACUAAGUGGAAAGAGGGAGGCCGAGGAAUAGUGAGCAUCAAGGCCACGGUCCAGGAUAAAACACGGAAAAUCCAAUACUACAUCAAGAUAAUGGCCCCAAAUGACGAACUGCUAAGAGAAUGUCUCAGAUAAUAGAAACCUGAUGAGAGUGCAGAGGAAGAGGAGCCGACGACCUGGAGGGACAAACCCCUACACGGCAUGUACCACCGUCAAAUUGAAGAAGUGGCUGAUACCAAGAAAACCUACCGGAGGCCAGUGAAAGACUGGACUGACACUGAUCAUGGCAGCACAAGAACAGGCCCUAAGUACCAGAGCCAUAGAGGCCAGGAUCUACCAGAGUAGAUCAGACCCAAGGUGCAGGAACUGAUGCUAGGAUGCUAGCAGGGUCAGCAUACAUGGAGAGGCACAACCAAGUCGCUGGGAUAGUGUACAGGAACAUCUGUACCCAGUAUGGAAUAGAAGUACCCAAGAAGUCCCAAUGGGCUACACCACAGAAGGUGGUGGAGAACAACAGGGCCAAGUUUCUAUGGGACUUCAGCUUCCAGACCAACAAACAGGUCCAACCAACUACCCAGCUGGACAUGGUGGUGGUGGUGGUGGUGGUGGUGAUAGAUGUGGCGAUACCAGCUGACGCCAACAUCAGAAAGAAGGAACACGAAAAGGUUGAGAAGUACCAAGGGUUAGCAAGCUGGAACGGUUGUGGAAGGUUAAGACGAGCGUGGUUUCCGUGGUAGUAAGGGCCACUCGAGGCAGUGACCCCCCCAAAACUGGGAGAGGAACAACAUCUGAAGCCUCAGUCCAGAAGAGCACAGUUCUAGGAACAGCUGAGAUACUGUGCAGGACCCUAAAACCCCCAGAGGACCUGAGCCUGAGGAUGACACCAGGGAUGAGUCGGCUAAAACACAUACCUGCACACAUUUUUCUUUAAAAAGGUUGAUACCCCUUGAUUUGUCAAACAUAGUCAUAGUUAAUAAUGCUAAUAACUAGCCUACAGUUAGCCAGUUAACUUAUAUCCUCAUCCGCUAAAUAUAUAAGAUUGAAAAUUAAUCAGUGAUUCAUACCUUUCACCAUGUGUGUUACAAAAGGAAGCAAGGAAAUUUGGAAAAGACGAAAGUCCAGGUCUCCCCAUUGACAUCUAGUAGGAAUUCACUGACUAAAAAAAAGAAAGACAGGAGUAGAAGUUAUUCUAAUCGUUAAUUUAAAUAUACAAAUACAUGGAAGGAGAGCGAGACAGAUUUUAUCACAGUUACAUCCAAUAAUAAAAAGUUAAGUAAAAUCAUAUUGGUAUAUUGUUACGUUAUUGGCUCACUUAUUACGUUUGCAAAGAUUUUUUUAACAGGCCAAUAAUGUGAUAACCACCUAGUAACGUAAUAAGUUAUUACGUUAUUGGCCAAAUGUUAUUAUGUUAUCGGCCCUUAUUAUGUAAUUGGCUUCUACGAAACUAGAUCUCCAGCUACAGACAAGUUUACAGCUGUUUCCAGCACGUGUUAUGUUCCCUUCCUCCUUCCUUCCCAAUCCCAUUUACGUCUGAGCCCUGUUGAUAAUUACAAAGCUAGUUUGCAGAUUGGUGGGGAUAUUUGUAUAAUCUCACUGUGGCUGGAGCUCAGAGCAGAAAUGGAAAAGCCAAGGUUCUGGUCUGAUCGUGUGUGGAUCUUUUCUAAACCUUACACAUUCAGUGAAAUUAAAUAGAUUUUGUAUCAUGUAUGAAGAGCCUGGCUUGUUCCACUUGCAGCCACUCAUUCUGAAACGUUGGACCUGUCGUCUCGUCGUUUUACACAUUGCCUAUAUCCUCUCUCUGGGGCUGUUUGGCCCGGAGACUAAAGUGCGCCUGUAUUUUGUAAUUCUUAAGUGUUUCUUUCUUUCUUUCUUUUUUUUUUUUUUUGUAAUAAUGUUGUCUUGGGAGAAAUGCCUCUGUGAGAUUUCUACACGUCUGUGAUCAUCAUACAUAACUGUCUAAUGCUCAAAAAACAUGGCGCCUGACUUAUGUGAUAACGGGGGAUUGUGUUGAUAUAAAGAACAUUGGGAUUUUUAUUAUUUUUUUUUUUUUUUCCCAUCUAUAGCUAAGUGUGUCAUGUUUUGAAAUUAGCUUUACUCUGUCUCAACUUUAUAAAUGAAGCCAUAAAAACUCCUGGAAGAAUGAUCUUUAAAUUUCAUAAGUUAUCAUAACUUGCUUAUCGCUACAUUACUUUUUGUUAUAAUGUCCUAUUUUACAACGUGUGUGUGUGUGUGUGUAUAUAUAUUGAUAAUGUAAGAAAAAGACAACAUAUAUAUUUUUCUUGUCUGAUUAAUUUUACCGUUCCUAUUUUGUGAAUGAAGUACAUGCCAGUUAACGUGAAAAUAACAAUAAAUGUUUUUUUUUUUUUUAAACCUCCA